UUCGUGUUCUCUCUACAAACGUACAUAGAUCUCGCUCUUCUUUCCCCUACUUCCUAUAAUCGUUCUCGCGAUGAGCUUUAAUCUUCUGUUAUUCGCGGCAAUUUCGAAGUGGACCAUUUCGUAUUCUCGACAUAAUGAGCCGGCAAUUUGAAUGACUGGAAAAACGAGUUUGACGAUCGAUCGUUAAAAGUAUUCGCGCGUAUAGUGUAUCUUGUGACGUUUCUAAAUCAAAACCAAUCGAAAUAUUAAUAAUCAGAUUUAAGUAUUAAUCUUCACUGUCAUCGUGCAAUAGUCCAAGUAUUAUCGUACCUUUCUUUUUCUCUCUCGCACACACGGACACACACACACACACACACACACACACAUGCGCGCGCUCACUCAUCAUUCGUUCAUUCUACACGUACAAGAUAUAUAUAUAUAUAUAUAUAUAUAUGUAUAUAUAUGUAUAUAUAAAGAAAGACCGUUCGUCUAAUUUGUGUGGUGAAGUCCGUUAACAACCGUUCGGUGUUCCAUUAAAUAACGUUCCAUAGGCCGCUCGUGCGGCUCGGUAUGGGUAUCUGUUUCUGCUUAAAUUAGUGCACAGUGCGUGCCACAGCCUUACUCAACUCGAACUCUCCGCUCCUCGUCUAACCAAAGCCGAAUCAUUAUGCCAGUGAUAAUACGUCGUUGCCUGUUGCUGUCCCGCUGUUACGCGUUCGAUAUCAAAGGGAAAGAAUGUUUCCACCUGAAGACAUUUGACUUAUAUAUUAUUGGUGCAAUUAUGGUGAAAUCAAUUUGAUAAUAAAAAUAAUCAAUUGAGAUGAGACGCUAAGGAUGCAACGAGGUCAGUUGAGAGAUAUUUCCUCCUGGAUGACUCGUCUGUUUCCUGAACCCAGCGAGAGAAUGGAGGCUUUUAAAAUGUUUGGAUCAAAAACAAGCUGUCCUACCAGUACAUUUUAUACAGAUUUAGAGAUAACCGAAAGCAAAGAUGUAGUUACAGAAGAAUACGAAGAAGAACAAUGUUCUAAAACUUCACGAUCAUUGAAGCAACAGAGUGGAACUAACGAAGAUGGAAACUCUCAAGAUUUGGAUAUACAAACUAAUACGGAAGAUCAUCAAUAUUCAAGACAUUCCUUUCAUAGAAUUGCAAGUUUUGGAGGUUUUCCAAGGUUUCAACCAUUCGUUAUGUCAGCCUCUUCUCCAGCAGCAUGUAUUGAUAUCGGUAGAAAUGAAGAGACAUCCAAAGAAACUUCCUAUGUUGCAAUGUCCCACAGUGUUUUAGAAUAUAGAAGUAGCAGGUAUGCGGCAUCUGAAAGAAAUUCUCAUCAAUAUACAUUAGAUCCAUACGCUAUCAGUGAAUCUGAAAGCGAAGAAGAAUCAGAGGAGACUAGAUCUUCUGAAACAGAAUCUAUUAUCGCUGUGGAACAGACAGAUGAAUCUACAUCCGAGCCAAAAUUACGCGUACAAAGAAGUUCUCCUGAUUCAAAAAGGAAAAAAGCACGUCGUGUAGCAGAAGAGUUAUUAGCAACUGAAAAGAAAUAUGUUAACAUACUACACCUCAUUGAUCAAGUAUUUCAAUUCAGAGUUGAUCAAGAAAAUAGAGCACAUCCCAUGUUUCCACCUGAAACGGUUCAACACAUGUUUUCAAAUAUCAAGUCUAUUUACAAAUUUCACAAUGACUUUUUAUUGCCUCAAUUGGAAGAAAGAAUGCAAUGCUGGGAUUCUAACCCUAGAAUUGGAGAUAUCAUGAAAAAUUUUGCACCUUUUUUAAAAAUGUACACAGAGUAUGUAAAAAAUUUUGAUUACGCAAUGAAUCUGAUAAAUACAUUGCAAAGCAAAGUCGCAAGAUUUGCAGCAAUAAUUAAUGAUAUACAAAAAUUGGAUGAAUGCGCUAAAUUGUCACUGCCACAUCACAUGUUAAGUCCAAUACAAAGAUUACCAAGAUACGAAUUACUCCUUAAAGAUUAUUUAAAAAAUCUCACUGAAGAAAAUUCAGAUUAUGAAGACACAAAAAGAGCUUUAGAAUUAGUAUCUACUGCUGCUAAUCAUACAAACGAAGCAAUGAAAAAAAUAGAUAAAUUUAAGAAACUUUUGGAAAUACAAGAAAGUAUAUAUGACGCGACCGAUCUAGUCAGUGCAACACGCGAACUUAUUAAAGAAGGUCGUAUCGUCAAAAUUUCGGCGAGAAGUGGUGAUCAUCAGGAUAGACAUUUGUUUUUGUUUAGUGAUCUAUUGUUAUUGUGUUCAUUAAGACUGAUACCUGGUCCUCCAUAUCGUUUACGAGCCAAAUUUUUAGUCGAAGAUUUACAAGUAGUUGAAGGUGAUAAUUUAGAAACUGCAAAUACUUUUUAUAUUAGAGAUGAAAAUAAAAGCGUGGAGUUAUAUACACAUUCAGCGGCAGAGAAAGCUUCGUGGUUAGAUGCAUUAUUUCAAACUAUGCAGGAAAUAAUGAGAAGAAAAGCUAGUUUGAAAACUGGUAAUGCUAAAACAUCUUUAGUUAAAGCUGACGAUGUGACUAGAUGUAUGGUUUGCGAAGUAAUUUUUUCAGUCAUGAAAAGGAAACACAAUUGUAGAGCAUGUGGAAUUGUUGUUUGUAGUAAAUGUUCAAAUCAAAAGUUAUUAUUUGAAGACAAUAAGAAUAUGAGAGUAUGUAGACUAUGUCACGCUGCUCUAACUCAACCUCUUAGCAAAUCUCCGUCGUCUCCGUCAGGACCAGUGCCAAGCUUGUUGCAAGUUUCAGCAAGUGCAUCAUCAGUAUUGUCUGGUUAUCUUUUAUUAAAAACCCAAGCAAGCAAACCUUGGACCAGACGAUGGUUUGCGUUGCAUAUCGACUUUGUUUUAUAUUCUUUUAAAUCAGAAACAGAGAGUAUGGCCAUGACAGCAACACCUAUGCCAGGUUUUAUGGUAACGGACGGUGCAAUGUUAACAGACGAGGAUCCUUUAAGUAGCAAGGAUCGUAUAAGAGCAUUUAAAAUGCAUCACUCUAGGAAAUGUUAUUAUCUGCAAGCUUCUUCCGAAAACGACAAAGAAAAAUGGAUGCAUGCAUUGCAAUUAGCUACAAAAGCUGAACUACCUCAUUUAACUGAGAUUGAACAGGACGAACACGCACAAGAAUGUCAAUCGUUAAACGAUAUACAAUGAAAAUUUAUAUCUUUGCAUCUACAAACUAGCCAAUUUUGUACUAUCCUUUUCGUAAAUUAGGUAAUAGGAAUCUGUAAAAUAAUCGUUAGUUAGCUAUAUUUAAAAAAGAAAAAAAAAAAAAAAAAAAAGAAAGAAAGAAAAAAAAUGACGUUAACUUAUGUUAUAUAUAUAUAUUGUUAUUAGUGUACACUACGAUCGAAGUCAAUAGCGAGACGAAACGCUGUCAUGACGCUUGUUGUUUUGUAAUGUUCUGUUAUAGUAUAUUUAUAAAAAUAUAUAUAUGUCGUUUAAAUACAAUAUGCUACAUAUAUAUGCCGAUAAUAAUUGAAAAAAAGAGAUAUUGAUCAAUCGAUCAAUCUUUAGAGAAAAUAAAUCGCUUAAAUGCUAACUAUCAUAUCUAAAUAAAUAACGCAAGUCGAAGAAUCGGUUUUAUCAUGAGAGUAACAAUUUUAUCGAUAAAUAUCUUAUCUCGUAACGUCGAAUCUUAUAUCUCGCUAUUUUAAUAAUUAACUAUUCGCGUAUAAUAUAUACACUCUGAUUUAGAGAGAUUGAAAGAGAGAGAGAGAGAAAGAGAGAGAGAGAGAGAGAGAGAGAGAGAGAGAGAGAGAGAGAGAGAGAGAGAGAAUAGCGUUCUAUUGUAGUAUAUACAUUAUUGUAUAUCUUUCUUGUCAACGAUUUUGAAGAAGAACUAUUUGAAGAAAAAAAAUACAGAUUUAUAAGAAGAUCAUAUUAACUAUCUUUAUUCGUACGUCUUUUUAAAUGCACGUGUACUCCACUCGCCGGAUUCGUGAAUACAGUUAAAGGACUAAAUACAUUUUGCUUAUUAUGGUUGAGAGUCAUUUUAUAAUGCAUGACCAAUGUGACCACUGCUAUCUUUGUUAUUAAAAUUCCUAGUCUCUGACCUAAAGAGAUUAGAAUGAGAAAUAAAGCAGAAAAAGAAAGAAAGAAAUAAAGAAAAUUAUAGUCUCUUAAAAGGAAGGGAAAAAGAAAAGAUAAUGGUAAACUUACCAACGCAUGAUCUUGGCCCAAUACCAAAAGCAAGACAACCAAUAGAAUUGUAUUUUUCGUCUUUCUCUCUCAAAGGAUUGAACUGAAUUGGAUUAGAAAAGUACUUGCUGUCUGUGUUAAUGCCAUUAAGAGAAAUAUAAACAGGUGUACCUUCCUUUAUUGUCAAAUCCGUCCCAGGCAGCUAAAUAUAUAGGAAUGAUAUAUGAUUAUUACUAUAGAAUCCAACGAAAUAUAUAUAUAUAUAUACAUAUAUAUUAUACCUUAUAAUCUCUUAAGGUAUUCCUAUCAAUUACUGGCAAAGGAGGAUAAAGUCUCAAAGUUUCUUCUAAUACAGCAUCCAAGAAGGUCAUCUCGUUUAAGGCCUCUAUCGUAAUUUCGUCAUUUUUAAUGAAUUUUUUUAUCUCAUUAUACAAACGUUCUUCGUAUUCUGGAUGAGUGGCUAACUCGUAAAGAGCAAAUGUAAUAACCGACGAAGAUGCUUCAAAGCCGGCAAUAUAGAAAGCAACUGCUUGGGCCAAUAGAUUAUCACCUUCGAACUCUGUCAAAAAAAGAAAAGAAAAGAAAAGAAAAGAAAAGAAAAGAAAAGAAAAGAAAAGAAAAAACAAUUCAAUGGAAAAUGAUCAAACAAUCAAAUCAACGAAGGAUCGAAAAAGGAGGGAGCAAGGGAGAGAGAGAGAGAGACGAAUUAAAAAUCAUUGAAAAAUCAACUCACUAAAGUUAGAUAUCUGUUCUCCUUUCUUCAAAGUUAAUAAAGAAUCUAUUAGAUCUUCUCUCUUAUAACCAAUUUUUUCACGAGUGUUCAUAGAGUCCCAAAAUACACGACGAAAGAAUUCAGCUGGCUUUUUGCUAAAUGGUUCAAUAAAAGUCAUAAUUUCUGGUAAGAAGAAAAGUAUUAUGAGGAUAAUACCACGCUUUGUUCCAGUCAAUAUCUUCUGUCCUAUUUAAUUUAUAAAUGAUAUUUAUAUUAAUUAUUAUAUAUUAAUGUAAUACACCGGUACUUUUUUUCUUUUUUCCGAAUAAAAAAAUCAAGGACUAAUAUCUUUUUUUUUUUUUUUUUAUUUUUUUUUUCUUUUCUUUUUUUCUCUCUCUCUUAUUUUUCGAAUAAAUAUCUACCUGCUUUCCAAAAUGCAGUAUCAUUUUCGUUGAAUGAAUUAGUCGUUAUACCGAAAGCCAACGAUGAGAUAACAUCUGUAGUAUAUUUCGAACUUAAAAUUUUCAACUCGAACUCAUUCAAAUCAUCAGCAUUCGCUAGUUUAUUGUCGAUAUAUUCCAACAUUGGAUUACAACAUUUUAAUAUCAAUGGAAUCAUUUUCUUCAACUUUUGUCCCGUUAAAGUAGGUGUUAUCUUAGUUCUCAGGUAUUUCCAUUUUGGUUGAUUGAUGCCAAGAAGAUUAAUUAAACCAACCGAAUCCUUUUCUUUCUUUCCUCCGAAUAUUCGAUCGGAAAACACGUUAAAAUCCUUCACCAGAAUUUGUUUUAUUAGCCUCACAUCUCUAAUCAUCAGAGCUGGCUUAUGGAAAAUGUAGAAACCGAUGUAUGGGUCGUCGUCACGGUCGCCAAAAUUAUAUAUAUUUUGAAGUACCACUCCUGCUGGAUUUUUAAACAUUAUGAUGUCCUUGAAGUUACCAAAUAUCAAGUGAAUCGGUGGACAUUUCACUCCGAGUCUAUUCCAAUAUGAUAAUUUAUAUUUUGAGUACAAAAAUAGUGUAAUUAAUGAUAAAAAUAAUAUGGUAAUGAAAUGAUUUAUGUCAAUCGAAUAUCCAAGCAUGACGGAAUAUUCUUUUCUUUCCCUUGUCUCCUUUUUCUUUUAUUUAUUUAUAUAUACGUAUAUUUUUUGAUUUUUCCUUUAUUUUUAAUCCUUCGCCGUAAAAGGAAUACCUGUUGAAAAAUAUAUAUAGACAUGAUUUAGUUAAAUUAGUUGAGACUAAUUAUAGAAUGUGAUUAAAUGUCAUGAGAAAAAAAGAAAAAAGAAUAUCGAGAGAAAAGAUCAAACAUGGAUAAACGGAAAUUUAUAAAUCAAAUUCAAUAUAUAUACGCAGGUAACA